AAAAAGAAGACCAUGAAUUUGUCGGGGUUUCUCUUCCCUGCUUUGUGGGGACUGGCGCUCGGCGGCUCUCCUAGCGUCCAAAUCGGGGGUCUAUUCCCACGCGGGGCGGAUCAGGAAUACAGCGCCUUUCGGAUCGGAAUGGUCCAGUUCGGUACGGCCGAAUUCCGGCUGACGCCCCACAUAGACAAUCUGGAGGUGGCCAACAGCUUCGCCAUCACUAAUUGCUUUUGCUCCCAGUUCUCUAGAGGAGUGUACGCCAUUUUUGGCUUUUACGAUAAGAAGUCGGUAAACACCAUCACGUCGUUCUGCGAGACCCUGCAUGUGUCCUUCAUCACGCCCAGUUUCCCGGCCGACGGACUCAACCAGUUUGUGCUACAGAUGAGACCAGAUAUUAAAGGGCCACUUAUCAGCUUAGUGGAGUACUACAAAUGGGAGAAAUUUGCAUAUCUGUACGACAGUGACAGAGGUCUGUCCACUCUGCAGGCAGUGCUGGACACGGCUGCAGAGCGGAAGUGGCAGGUGACGGCAAUUAACGUGGGGAACCUGAAAGAUGAGAGGAAAGACGAGGCCUAUCGCUCCCUCUUUCAGGACCUGGAGAACAAGAAAGAGAGGAGAGUGAUUCUCGACUGCGAACAGGACAAAGUUAAAGAUAUCAUGGAACAGGUCAUCACUAUUGGACGUCAUGUGAAAGGAUACCAUUACAUCAUUGCUAAUUUUGGCUUUUUGGAUGGGGACCUGUCAAAACUUCAGUAUGGUGGAGCCAACGUGUCUGGUUUUCAGAUUGUCGACUUUGACGAUCCGACUGUUGCCAAGUUUGAUCAGCGCUGGGAGGCUCUCGAAGAGAAAGAAUACCCAGGAGCAGACAGCAGGAUACGGUACACCUCUGCUUUGACCUAUGAUGCAGUGCAGGUGAUGACAGAGGCAUUCCGCUUCUUGCAUAAACAACGGAUAGACAUUAGUCGUCGUGGCAACAAUGGAGACUGCCUGGCCAAUCCAGCAGUGCCGUGGGCUCAGGGGGUGGAGAUAGAACGUGCUCUCAAACAGGUACGAGUGGAUGGCCUGACAGGAAAUAUUCAGUUUGACCAGUAUGGCAGAAGAGUGAAUUACUCAGUGAACGUAAUGGAACUGAAAAACAGCGGUCCAGUAAAGAUUGGAUACUGGAAUGAAGCGGACAAAAUGGCAGUGACAAAAUCGGACCUGUUCCCCAACGACACCAUGGGAAUGGAGAACAAAACCGUUAUUGUGACGACCAUCUUGGAAGCACCCUAUGUGAUGUUGAAGAAAAACGCAGAGCUGUUCGUUGACAACGAUCGUUAUGAGGGUUACUGUGUGGACCUUGCUGCUGAAAUCGCCAAGCAUUGUGGCUUUAAGUACCAGCUGAGGAUCGUGGCCGAUGGAAAAUACGGAGCGCGAGACGCAGAGACAAAGAUCUGGAACGGAAUGGUGGGCGAGCUGGUGUACGGGAAAGCGGACAUUGCCGUGGCUCCGCUGACCAUCACGUUAGUUCGCGAGGAGGUGAUCGACUUCUCCAAGCCCUUCAUGAGCCUUGGCAUCUCCAUCAUGAUCAAGAAACCGCAGAAGUCCAAGCCGGGGGUCUUCUCUUUCCUCGACCCCCUGGCUUACGAGAUCUGGAUGUGUAUCGUGUUCGCCUAUAUCGGAGUUAGCGUGGUACUUUUCCUGGUCAGCCGUUUCAGCCCUUACGAGUGGCACACUGAGGAGUUCGAGGAUGGCCAAUUAGGCCCCAGCGAGUCCACUAAUGAGUUUGGCAUCUUUAAUAGUCUCUGGUUUUCUCUGGGCGCUUUUAUGCAGCAGGGAUGCGAUAUUUCGCCAAGGUCCCUGUCUGGUCGUAUUGUUGGUGGUGUUUGGUGGUUCUUCACUUUGAUCAUCAUUUCGUCCUACACGGCCAACCUGGCUGCCUUUCUCACUGUGGAGAGGAUGGUCUCGCCCAUUGAGAGUGCAGAAGACCUGGCCAAGCAGACUGAGAUUGCUUACGGGACACUAGACGCUGGCUCCACCAAAGAGUUCUUCCGGAGGUCUAAAAUUGCCCUCUUCGAUAAGAUGUGGCAGUACAUGAAGAGUGCAGAACCCUCUGUCUUCGUAAAGAACACGGUGGAAGGCGUGCUGAGAGUGAGGAAGUCCAAGGGGAAAUACGCUUACCUGCUCGAGUCCACCAUGAACGAGUACAUCGAACAACGCAAGCCCUGCGACACCAUGAAAGUGGGCGGCAACCUGGACUCCAAGGGUUACGGCAUCGCCACACCCAAAGGAUCUGCCUUAAGAAACGCGGUAAACCUCGCGGUGCUAAAACUGAACGAGCAAGGGCUGCUGGAUAAAUUGAAAAACAAAUGGUGGUACGACAAAGGAGAGUGCGGCAGCGGAGGCGGGGAGUCAAAGGAGAAGACGAGCGCUUUAAGCCUGAGCAACGUGGCGGGGGUCUUCUACAUCCUGGUGGGCGGACUGGGACUGGCUAUGCUGGUGGCGCUGGUGGAGUUCUGCUACAAGUCUCGGGCGGAGGCCAAACGGAUGAAGGUGACCUUCACAGAUGCCAUGCGCAGUAAAGCGAGGCUGUCUAUUACAGGCAGUACAGGAGAGAAUGGCCGUGUUCUGAGUCCGGACUUUCCCAAAGCCAUCCAUGCGGUGCCCUACAUGAGACCUGGCAUGGGCAUCACCCUCAGCAACAUGGGCGACCUGUCCUGA